AUGAUCAUCUUUGGCGAUGGAUUACAUUACUUUAUAGAUGGACUUUCUAUUGGUGCAGCUUUUACUAAUAGCAUCCUUUCAGGGAUUAGCAUAUCUGUAGCGGUGUUUUGUGAAGAGUUGCCUCAUGAACUAGGCGAAUUUGCUAUUUUGCUCAAUGCAGGAAUGACUUUACGCCAGGCUGUGCUUUAUAAUUUUCUAUCUGCAUGCACAUGCUAUAUUGGGCUUGUGUUUGGAAUUCUCCUGGGUGACUUUACUCAUGGAACACCACACACCUUUGCUCUUGUUGGUGGAAUGUUUUUAUACAUCUCUCUAGUAGACAUCAUGGGCGAGAUGAACGAGGCCACAAAGAAUGUUAAAAACGAUGGAUUGAAAUUUUUUACUUUACAGAACAUCAGUAUCAUCGUAGGAGUUGUAGCUGUAUUCCUCAUGGCGAUGUACAGUGAAAUAAUAAGUUUUGAAACUAUGGAAUAG